AUGAAAUAACUCCACGAAGGCCAGUAUCCCAUUAUCAAUGCCCACUUUAUUUACACAUUCAUAAUGCAUGACACUGACCCAGCUAGCCCAGAGCUGGGUCCUGGAGUGUUCCCUCCGUGGUGAUGUCCACCUGACUGACCUUAUUCCAAUCGCUACAGUUGGGCCCCUCUGUGUGUGUUUUUGUUGUUGACAAAACCAGUGUCCCAUUAUGAUUUCACUGACAAAAGGCAAUUUUCUCCCUCAUCCCAAACGGUUUGUAGAAACUUGCUUAUCGCAAAACGGAUGCCACUUUUUUUCCCCACAAAACACAAGGAUUGUAUAUUUAACGUGGUCCGCCACGCGGUUUUUGGGGAGGCCAGGAAUAGCGCUGCUAUGUCUUCCUUUUCUAGAACUUGUUCCAGGCCCCUGGGGUACGCGGCCCCUUUAAAUAGGCCGCUGACCGUGGACUCGAGGGGAGGCGGUGCUAUUGUUGCCCCUGGGUCGGGGUUCUCAUAGGCCGGUGGCUGGAGGUAAGUGAGCUCGGUGUUUACCUGAGCGGCAGGUUCGGACAAGCUGUCCCGCUCCAUUGAGGAUCGCUAACGGUCAUCACGCGGAGCGCGAACUUGGCCGGUUGCCCCUGGUUACCGAGCCUGAGGCCUGCUCUGGGUUACCGGGGCCUGCGCUGUAUUUUGACGGGCAGUGUCCCUUCCUUUUGUGAAGGCCUGGUUUGGGUUGGUGCUGGGAUUAGUCGGGAAGGAUGGUGGAAGCCCUCUUCAUGCGGUUCGAUAGGAUCCCAGCCCCUCGACGCGAACUCGUCACCUUUUAUAGAGCCGUGCCUUCCCUGCGGUUCUUAUGGUACCUUGUACGACUUGACUGAAAACGAACUUGCAUUUCCAUUACGCCUUUCCGAACCUUCAGGACGUCCCAAAGCGUUUUGCAACCAAUGGGUGCAAGAGUUCACAUUUGGAAGAUCGUUGUGGCUUCAGUGUAACACCCCUACCAAAACUCAGUACCUCAAACAACCUGUUACCACUGUGUUAUCUCCCUGAGUGUGUCAUUUGGGGGUUCUGUGCUUGUCUCUCAGCAUUGGAACUUGUAUCCCCAAUUUUUGGUGUCAGGUUGGAGCAUUGAACGAUCAAAGAAAGCAUAGAAUGCCCCCUUUGCCAGGUGCAGAACUUGUGCAGACACCUGUCCAGUUAUAUCGGUAUCUCCUUCGAUGCUGCAAGCAACUUCCUGCAAAAAACAUACAGCAACAUUACAAACAUGCAGUACGGCAGAAUUUUAAGGUUCAUGCAGAUGAAGAUGAUCCAGAAAGAAUCAAACAGAUUAUCAAAAGAGCAAUUGAAGAUGCUGACUGGAUCUUGUCUAAAUAUAAAAAAAAAUGAAGCUGAAGAAAUUAGAAAAAGAUCCAGAGUCCAAGCAAACAAAAUAACAAAGGAUACAAGAUUUUUGUUAUAAAGAUGCAGGGUCACUCGUCAGCAGUGACUAAAUAGACAGCCAUUUACUUAACACUGAAUGCUAAAGAUUAAUAAGAACACGGUCAUUGUAGAUAUAUUAAGAAGGUUUACACAGGGAGCAAACUUAAAUUAUAGAAAUAGACAAAGAUGCUUAAGUUCAGGGUUGUAAUCUAUUUCUGAAGGUGGAUAAUACCAUGUUUUAUGAAUUUUAAUUGACAUUAGAGACUUUGAACUUUCAGCUGUUUCUAAGACAUUUUGCCAAGGACCACUUAACAAGCUUUCGUGUCACUGAGUUUUGAGAAGUGUCACUCUAUAAUGCAAAUCACAUUCAGAUCUUGCUGCCUUCAAGCAUAGAUUAAGUAACUGACUUUUUAAACGUAUUCUUGAUGGUCCAGUUAUAAUUGGACAAUGUGUAUAUUCUCCUGAAUGUUCCAUAAAUGUAAACGUUUGUUUUAUAUUAAAUAUUGUUUUGCAGCCAUCUUUGGAGUUGGUCAGAGCAUGGGUAUUUCAUGUCAUGUGUGUGUUAGUUCUAUUCCAUUGAUUUUUUUUUUCCCCAGGGUGUGGUGAGAGGCCUGCAUUUAUGCAUCAUUUCAAACCUAAUUAUAAUCGCGCUUAUAAAAGUUAUUUUAUCUUUUUUAAAAGUUUCCUGACCUAGGGAAAAUAUUAUCAAGGAUCCUGAGACCUCACAUUUCAAGAAACCUUGUCUGGUAAUCUCCACUUGGAAGUAAUGUAGUCGAUCCCAUAAUUCCUAAUAUGACUUCCUUAGAAGCAAAGCAAAAGUGCAAAAUGACCAGUCUGUAUGAACAUGACGAUGGGGAUAUAUUUAUUGAGUUUUCAGUUUAGGUUACAAUAGACCUUUUUUCAUGCAUGAAUUCAGAUAACGUCGUAGAUUGCGAAACAGGAUAACAAUAUUGUAAAUCAAUUUGAGUCUUUUGUUACUAAUUCCUGUAAAUCCCUUAAAUGAAUGGCUGUGAUGAAUUUUGAUGAGUGACUGAAUACAGUACUGGCAGAACUGCUCCACUGAUAAAAAUGUAAUGGGACCAUUUAUAUGAGGACUGGAUCACCGUUAAAUUAUUUGUCCAAAUGACAACACUCCAGAUAACAAACAACCAACCAACCAACCAUUCAGUAGUGCAAUAAAAUGUCAAGCAAGAUUGUGAAUUUUUGAUUUCUGGAUUCACUGUGGUAGGUUUUCCAUAGCAUGGUUGAAUUGUAAAUGGGCCAAGCUCAUCACUUGCCCAUGCUGAGUACUAUCAGUCUGGUUGAAAACGCAGAGUCAAAAAGUGUGCUGCUGGAAAAGCAUAGCCGGUCAGGCAGCAUCAGAGGAGCAGGAGAGUCGACGUUUCGAGCAUAAGUUCUUCCUCAGUAUGAUGCUGCCUGUUCUUUAUUCCCGGCACCACACUUUAUGACUGAUCCCCAGCACCUGCAGUCCUCUUUUUCUCCCUGGUUGAAAAUGCAUUACAGGGAGCCUCAGUGCCCUUGAUUAAAGGAGAAGCAAUUCAGAGCAUUUCUACCCCUUGUUGGGAUAAUGGGGGGAAAAGCUAAUGCUUCUGCCAUUUUGUAUGAAGCCAUUAUCAAGAAGAGGGACAUUAUAGAAAUGGUGUUGUGAGAAAGGUUGUGUUUAUUAACUGGAAACUAACACUUCUCAUCAGAAUACAUGUCAAAUGUUAAUAUUUCAGUCUUGUUGAUUUUGGCUGGUUUGAUAACAUUCUCAGCACUGAAGCUUAAAGAUUUGAGUUCAAGGACUGCUCCAAUCAAUGGGCACAAUCUUGAAUGACGAGUUGUUACUUGGACAAAUUAUUUAACUGUGAUCCAAUCCUCGUGUAUGUAAAUAGUCCCAUGCACUUUUAUCAGUGGAGCAGUUCUGCCAGUACACACAACAAAACUUCAACGUGGUCAUUUUUUUUUUCAAUAAAAUGCUGGAAUACUCAAGGUCUCACAUCUGUGGAGAAAGAGAAAAAGUUUUGUUUCAAGUCUAUGGCCUUUUCAUCAGAACUGAUUUGUGCACAGCAAGGUCUUUAAGCACCAACUUAAUUGCUGAAUGGCAAUUGAUCUUGGCUGAAUAGCAGUAAAAUGAUUUUGGUUCUGGAGUACCGGCUGGAAACUGUAUAAUAAAUCUUAUUGAAGGUUCCAAAGUAAAUAUUGAAAUAUACCAGAUCGGCUUGUACCACACGUCAUGAGACUUAUUGUUCAAUCUAUUGCCAAAUAAAAUUGUUUAUCUGGUA